CGUGGGGGUCGCGCGUGAGGCGGUAGACCUUGAUUCAACUUCAAGAUGUCUUCCCCUGAAAUUGCUUCCCUUUCAUGGGGUCAGAUGAAGGUGAAAGGCUGUCCUACAACAUAUAAGGACUGCAAAGUGUGGCCGGGAGGAAGCCGAACCUGGGAUUGGCGAGAAACGGGAACUAAUCAUUCUCCAGGAGUGCAGCCAGCUGACCUUGAAGAAGUUGUCAAGAAGGGUGUUAAAACCAUGGUGAUUGGUCGUGGCAUGAGUGAGGCUUUGCAGGUACCAUCAUCCACUGUGGAUUAUCUCAAAAAAAACGGGAUUGAUGUGGUGGUCUUGCAAACAGAGAAGGCUGUAGAAGAGUACAACGCUCUGGCUGUUCAAGGUGUCAAAGUGGGAGGAAUCUUCCAUUCAACAUGUUGAAACCUUAGUUAGCACUAAGGCCUUCCCUGACCUCUUCCAAGGCAUGAAUGUACUUUCCGACUGAAUCAAGUUACAGUCAAUAGUACAGACUUAAGUGCAAAGUGCUAGGGCGUUAACGUAGGCUGAAAGGCUAAAAGGUAAGGAUAAUUCAGCAGUUCAGGAUUUAAACCGAUGCUCACAAAUGGAGUUGAUUUAUGAAGAAAAAUCAUUCAGAUGCAGAAUGUAUCCAUACGCUCUUGAUUUUGACCUUUCUAAAGAUGGCUCAUAUUUUGGUUACUUAUUUUUUCACCUGUUCUGCUAAAUUAAAGCUUAGGUUGUGAAUAUUUCUAUUGGGAAAUAGGCCAUAACUACAUUGUUAAACACUGGAAUACAGCUAUUACAUACUUGGCGAGUGAAUGACGAAAUGGAGUAAAAUAUAAGCAUUACUAAAUAAAGCAGUACUCUUGUCAUUAGUCACUGUAUAUAAGCUUUAAAAGUUCGAACUCUGCCUCCUAUUGCCAAUUUCAUUUCAGGAUAUUAAGGAUGUAGAUCAGCUUCUUUGUGAUGAAUCAAAAAUAUCAUGCAACUAGGCACUUUGAAAUUCUACAUUGAACCUUAAAAGGAAAAAAAAGCUUAUGUGGUAUAAACAUAAAAUGUGGACUGUAAGGAAUUUUCCUAUUAAUUGUGAAUAUUAAAGCGUAGAAUGUGUUUCAAUUUAAAAGGCUGUAGCUUUUUAAAGCAAACAGACUGCAAUAUAAAAUGUCGGCCAGUAGGAAAUUUGUCACACCUAAAUUGCUGCUAUUACAAUGCUGCAGGCAAGCUGGGAAUGGUCAUUGGAUAUUCAAUCACCAGGUAAUGAUGAUCAAUUAAACACUGUGCCAACAACUAUAUUACUACACUGAGGAUUUUAGAAGUUUCUCAUGUUUUUACCAUUGCUGCUGUUUGUACUGUUUCUUCUGCU